AUUAAAACCCACCAUUUUACAAAUCAAUACAAAACUUUUCUCUUACUCUCUCUAAGAACAUAAUUUAUACAAUGUCGGGCGUUUGGAUGUUCAGAAAUGGUGUGGUUCGUCUUGUCGAGAACCCUGCAGCCGAGUCGAAUCAAGGAUCCUUGCAGAGAAGGAAAGUAUUGGUCUAUACUCCAACAGAUGAAGUGAUCACCUCGUACUCGGUUCUAGAGAAAAAGUUAUUCUCCCUUGGAUGGGAACGAUACUAUGAUGACCCCGACCUGUUCCAAUUCCACAAGAGCUCGACCAUCCAUCUCAUCUCUCUCCCAAAAGACUUUGGCCGUUUCAAGUCUAUGCACAUGUUUGACAUCGUUGUCAAGAACAAAAACGUCUUCGAAGUUAGAGAUAUUGUGAUGCAAAUGUAAAC